GGCCAGGCAAGGCGACCGAGGAAGCGGCGGGGACCGAAUUGAGCUGACGACCGGCUCGAGCAACUGAGCUCGAGCUUGAGCUCGGAAGCGCACGAGAGCGGAGAGGUCGAAGAGGACGACCACCCCUCUUACCUCUUUUCUACUUGAACUAUGUCUGCUCGUAACCUUGUUGUCGUCUUUGGCGGUGCUGGCCAGCUCGGUGCUGCCGUUGUGGAGGCCUUCAACGCUGCCUCGUUCACCACGGUCGCCAUUGACAUCCGUGAGAACGAGGCUGCGACGGUGAACCUUAAGAUCGACCUCUCGGCGACCGAGGAGGAGAAGGCGGCUGCGCUGUCUGCUGGCCUCGCGGCGCAUGUUGCCGAGAGCGGCGACGUGGUCAAGUCUGUGGUGUGCGUGGCCGGCGGGUGGUGCGGCGGCGCCAUCAAGUCGUCCGAGGUCUUCAAGCAGACCGACAUGAUGUGGUCGCGGAACGUGUCGUCGGCGAUCAUGGCGGGCCACAUUGCGGCAAACCACCUUGCUGAGGACGGCUCGCUGGUUCUCACCGGUGCGCAGGCCGGGCUCAGCGCGACCCCGGGCAUGAUCGGGUACGGCGUGGCCAAGGCUGCCACGAUCCAGCUUGUGUCGUCGCUUGCUGCCGAGGGCUCGGGCCUCCCGGCCAACACCUUUGUUGGCUGCAUCAUGCCGCAGACGCUGGACACGGCGACGAACCGCAAGGCGAUGCCCGACGCUGACUUUUCGCAGUGGACCCCGCUCGCCACCGUUGCCGACCUGCUCGUCAACUGGGCCAACGGCAACGACCGCCCGGCCUCGGGCUCGCUCACCAACGUCUAAGCUUGCGCGUAGGCACACCACUUGGGCUGCACGCAUAAACGGUUGUUCAUUGUU